AUGAGUUCGUGCAGCAGCAGAGCGCUGACCAUCCUGUCCACGGUGUUUGGGGCGUGUGGUCUGCUGCUGGUGGGAGUGGCUGUGUCUACAGACUACUGGCUGCUGAUGGAGGAGGGCAUCGUGCUGCAGCAGAACCAGAGCAUGGAGGUCAAGAUGGCCCUGCACUCUGGCCUCUGGAGGGUCUGCUUCGUGGCUGGGACAGAGAACGGGAGAUGUGUGGCGUCAGAGUAUUUCACUGAGCCAGAGAUAGAGAUCACCACAGAGAAUACUGCUAAUAUUCUGAUGGAGAGUUCAGAGGAGAAACUCUUCUUUUACCCCGUCCCUGUCAGAGUGGAGAGUUACGAGGAUCAACUCUUCUUUACCCCCUCCUGGUCAGAGGGAGAGUUCAGAGGAUCAACUCUUCUUUACCCCCGCUCCUGUCAGAGUGGAGAGUUCCGAGGAGAAACCCUUUCUUACCCCCGUCCUGUCAGAUGGAGAGUUCAGAGAUCAAACUCUUCUUUACCCCCGUCCGUCAGAGUGGAGAGUUCAGAGGAAGCAACCCUUCUUUUACCCCCGUCCUGUCAGAGUGGAGAGUUCAGAGGAGCAACCUUCUUUACCCCGUCCUUCAGAGUGGAGAGUUCAGAGGAUCAACUCUUCUUUACCCCCGUCCUGUCAGAGUGGAGAGUUCAGAGGAUAAUCUUCUUUACCCCCGUCCUGUCAGAGUGGAGAGUUCCGAGGAGCAAACUCUUCUUUACCCCGUCCUGUCAGAGUGGAGAGUUCAGAGGAGCAACCCUUCUUCACCCCCGUCCUGUCAGAGUGGAGAGUUCAGAGGAGGCAACCCUUCUUUACCCCCGUCCUGUCAGAGUGGAGAGUUCAGAGGAGAAACUCUUCUUUACCCCGUCCUGUCAGCAGUGGGAGAGUUCAGAGGAGCAAACUCUUCUUUACCCCCGUCCUGUCAGAGGGGCUGGGGUGAUGUCAGUCUAUCUGUUUAUGAAGCGUUAUGCUGAGGAGGAGAUGUACCGCCCCCACCCAGCCCUCUACCGCCCCCGUCUGUCUGAGUGCAGCGACUACAGCGGCCAGUUCCUCCACCCUGAGACMUGGCCUCCUCCUAAGAGGGGCCGCGGUGACUCCCGGGCCUCCAGCGACAUCUCCAUCCAGAUCAACCAGACCCCCCCGCAGCCCACCAAAAACCCCUUGCAGGGCAACCAAGGUGGGGGCAUGGGGUCCAACAUGGGCCCUGGGUCUGGGUCCUCCUCUGGAGCUAGCUACCAGCUGCCCCCACCGUCUGGGGCCUACAACACCCACACACUCCAACACCAACACUCACACGGUAACUCCCAGGCCAUGGCCAUGCCCCCUUCCACUGGCCCCCCUCACUACCACACACACAUGCACAUGGGCGCCUCCCCCUGUUAGAGAGAGGGAGCGCAAGGGACAGGGACAGGGAGGAAGUAAGUGUGAAGAGCAAGAAAUAUGGAGUAAGUGUGAAAAGGGAGAGGGGAGAAUGAUUAAGGGAUUAGUUGUUAACAUACAUUUGGUAUUUAAAGCUGAGAGGAUGGGCAGAGAGAGAG